AUGGCUACAAAAGCCUUUUUGCUGGUAGAAACCGCGGUCGGUCGAACCAGAGACGUUGCGAACACGCUGCGUGAUCUGGACGGGAUCGAGUCGGUGGACGUGGUCACUGGCCCUUACGACAUCAUCGCCGUAAUUUCCGGCGACGACAUGUCGGUUGUCGGUGGGCUGGUGACGGAAAAAAUCCACACGGUUGUUGGAGUGGUACGCACCGUGACCUGCGUGGCAGUGGACGCUUGA